GCAGGCGAGCUUACGGGCAUCGCACUCUCGCCGAUGCUUCCGAACUCGAGAGCCCGCCACCGGCGCGACCCGAGCAAGCUCCUCUACAAGCCGCGCCCGCCGCCGGAGCCGCACCCGUUCCUGCUCCACCUCAAGUCGCUCCCUUCGCCGGUCGCCGCGGCGGCCGCGCUCCUCUCGGCGCCGCGCCGCCUCCACGACCACCCCUUCGCCUCCUGCGUGCUCUACCGCCUGGCCCGCGCGCGCCUCUUCCCGCUCCUCCUCCCGCUCCUCUCCGCGCUCCGCGCCCGCCGCGCCCCGCUCCGCGCCACCGUCUUCGCCGGGCUCAUCGACCGCCUCGGCGCCGCCUCCCGCCCCGACGCGGCCCUCCUCGUCUUCUUCCGCGCCGUUCCCGCCUUCUGCUCCCACUCCAACGCCACCUUCCACGCGCUGAUCCACUGCCUCGUCUGCAACGAACGCGUGGAUGCCGCCCGGAACAUGCUCCCCCGGGCCGCCAAGCUCGGCGUCCGCCCCAACGCCGUCUCCUACAACAUCAUCCUCAAGGGGCUGUGCGGCCGGGACGGGUCCGCGGGCGCCCGCGUGGUGCUCGACGAAAUGCUCGGCCGCGGCGUCCGGCCCACGGUGGUCACCUUCAACACGCUGGUGGGGGCGGCGUGCCAGGAGGGGGACGUGGGCGCGGCGGAGCGGCUCAAGGAAGAGAUGGUGCGCCGGGGCGUCUCGCCGAACGCCGUGACAUACUCCCUCCUGAUGCGGGGUCUCUGCGACGCCGGUCGGCAGGACGACGCCAAGAAGCUGAUGUUCGACAUGGAGUACCAGGGCUGCCAGACCGAGGCGGUGAACUACGGCGUGCUGAUGAGCGCCUACGCGAGGCAGGGCGACGUUGACGCCAUCAGGGGGCUGCUCUCCGACAUGCGCAUGCGCAAGCUCGGGCCCGACGACGCGAGCUACAACGUCCUGAUCAAGUGCCUGUGUGACAGCGGCAGGGUGGAGGAGGCGCACAAGGCGCUCGUCGAGAUGCAGCUCAAAGAUGGCAUGGCGCCAAGCGCGGCGACUUACCGCGUCCUGGCCGACGGGUGCUGCAGAGCCGGCGAUUUCGGGUUGGGGCUACGGGUUUUCAACGCCAUGCUGUCCAGCGGGCAUCGCCCCCUAGGUCACACCUUCAAGCACCUGGCGAAAGGGCUGGGCGAGGACGGCAAGGCGGAGGAAGCCUGCUUCGUCUUGGAGAAGAUGGCGGAGAGUGGGGUGUGCAUGGAUGCAGAAGGGUGGCGGUCUCUUGCAACAUGCGUCUGCAGCGGCAGUGCAGGGGAGGUGAAGCUCGUCGAUGAGCUAGCGUUGUCAUCUUGACAUUUCCAGUCCAUGUGAGGUUUUGACAGGCCUCAGCCGUUGCGUUUGUCACCUUAGGGGGGUCGGCGUUUCCAUUGUUUUUCUCUUUGUCUUGCUUCAGUUACAGGAGCACUUGGUUGUGCAAGGCAAAAUGCAUAAUGCUCCUGGAUAUAAUGGCAGAUAAAAGAUGCGAGUAUUACUGCUGGAAGUGAUAGCUCACUCAGCUUCUGUACUGAAGUUCGUCGGUUUAUUUCGAGUUAGAAAUCUGUGUGCAGUUUAUCAA